UUGAACAGUUAUCGUCCCUCCUAGAACUUUAGAAAUUUGGUCAGUGACAGAAUUUCAAACUGCUUCAAUUUUCUUCAUUUUGAAAAGACUUUUGCUGAGGUAACUAACUAUUUGGACCAAGUAAAAAUGCGUUUUAUACGGGUUCUGUCCCUGCUGUGCGGCUUAAGUUGCAUGGGCGUAGGUCUGGCGAACGAGCAGCAGUGUUUGGCAAUGCAUACAUUUCAGACCACGUACAACGAUAUCCGCAACAAGGCCGAUGAAAUGGCGGCACUGGUACAGAAGCUGAAGGCACAACUCGACACCACGAUCGAGCAGAACUGUGGCGAUGUAGGACUUAACGCUGCCAGCAACCUGUACUCGUUCAAUUUAACACAUUGCGAUUUCGAGGAUGGCAGCCUGAUGUGCGGCUUCACCCAGAACAGGGACGAUACUUAUGACUGGCAGAUAGACAACACCUACCCUGAUCACACCUUGGGCUCCAAAAUGGGUCACAGUUUAAGAAAUUACAGACCCGGAAGUUACAUAAUGCGCGUGACAUCAAGACCUUUUAAUCCUGCACAUGCUUAUUGUAUCCGGUUCUUUUACAAAGCAGAAACUCGCCAGAAUACUGCUGGAAAGCUAAAUGUUUAUCUGCAAGAGGGAAAUCUGAGGGGUAACCCGGUCUUCUCGGUUACUAAUAUCCCUGCGCACGACUGGACACUUGCUGAGAUUACCCCUGACCCAGAGUAUCUUAGAAGACCAUUUCAAAUUGUGUUUGAAGCUGACCAUCUGAAUCAGUACGUGUAUGUGGACGACCUGAGUGUUUACAACGCACCUUGUAGUACAGAAGGUAUCCGAGUUCCGCGGUGUCCCCCCGGGUCAGUGGAGAACAACAUUGGUGGACAGACCACGUGUUACGUGUUCCACAUGGAGCCAAAAACGUACAUAGAAGCCAUGAAAGCGUGUAAAGCCAUCUGGCCCCAGGCGAGCCUAGUAGCCAUAGAAACUGCUGCCGAACAAGCGUUCAUCUCAAACAUGAUCAACGCUUCACAUGCAAUGUCUCUUGCUGCCGACUUCGGACUGUGGACAAACGGGAACGACUUUGACCACGAGAACUCUUUCACGUGGAGUGGUCAGGCUCACCCCGUCCCCCUAAACUACACCCACUGGCACUCCGGGCAGCCCAACAACAUUGCGGGCGUCCAGGACUGUCUGGUCAUCGAGUACCCAAAGUACGACUAUGAGUGGGGGGAUGUGUCGUGCUCCGAGAAGCAUUCGUUCAUCUGCGAGAUGAACUUUGACCCGAAAGUACAGACUCUUGCCAGUCAAAACAUUGGAACCAUAAUCGGAUAGGCGUACUUAGAUCUGAGUCAAGAAUUCCGAAAUGACGAAACGAGUUACUCCUUUUCCCAAAAAAAAUUAGUGUUUACAACUGAUUUCCUUUGCACUUUAUUGAUAUAAAACAAUAUUCAUAAUAUUCUUAUUGUAAGCUCAUGAUUGGUAAACUAGAAUUAACUCUUGUGAUAUUCAUGAUGAGAAUCAUAGUACAAUUAUAUUGUAAUUAUUUAUAAAUAAUAAAGUUUAUCAAUGCUGACAGCCAAACUUUUUGAUUUAA